AUGUUGUUUUCCCAUCUUCAUCUCCUGCAGAUCACAUUGAUCUUGUCUUUGUAUUUUCUUCCUGGAUUUGGAAAACCUUUAUUAUGCAGUGACAGCUUUUGGCAAGAAGCCCAAAAAAGGAACAUAACAGGACAUUGCAGAAAACAAACUCUGGGAGCAGAAUUCGCGUGGAACUAUAACAACACCACAAGGGUUCUUGAGAUCUUGUUUGGUGCAAAGCUAGAAGGUGAAAGUGGGUGGUUGGCCUGGGGGCUAAAUCCUGGGAAAAAGCCAGUGAUGAUAGGAACCAGAGCCCUGAUUGGGGUCAAAUCCAAUUGGAGUUUUCACAACGUUACAACCUAUAACAUCACUGCUCUGACAAAGCUUGGCUGCAAUCUUGUUCCUUCAAAGAUUGACUUACAAGUUCAGAAUUUAAGCUUUUUUCCUGUGCCAGCAAUUGAUAAGUACGUGAUACAAGCCAGAAUUAUUCUUCCCCGAGAAUACAACGAUUCGAGAGCCAACAUUGUCUGGCAAAUUGGGAAUGUUGCAAAAGGAGGAGAACAUCCAUCUGGACAUGUUUUGGAUCUUGAGCAUCUUGAUUCCAAGGAGACAAUAGAUUUGACAACCGAGGAGCCACACAGUUUUGAUCAUUCACAACUUCGUAGGUUAAGAAUUGUUCAUGGGAUAGUAAACACCGUAGGCUGGGGAACCCUUUUACCAGUUGGGGCUAUAAUUGCAAGAUAUUUCAGAAGAUAUCCGUUCCAAUGCUCUAAUACAUGGUUUUGUCUCCACAUUUGCUGUCAGCUUCUGGGAUAUAUACUCGGCACUGUUGGAUUUGUCAUCGGAUUAUUACUCAACAGUGCUUCCGGACAGUACACCCGAGUACGAGCUCAUAGAAUUUUGGGAAUCAUCGUAUUCACAUCUGCAACACUGCAGAUGUUGGCAUUGCGACUAAAACCAAGCAGAGAAGACAAGUAUCGGGAUUACUGGAACAUGUACCAUCAUUUUCUGGGAUAUGCAUUGCUAGCUAUGAUUUCUGUAAACAUAUUUAAAGGGAUUAACAUCAUAAGCACAGAUCGCACCUGGAAUUGGUCGUAUGUUGGGAUUCUGGUUAUUUUAGGAUUCAUAACCUUUUCAUUAGAAGUCUAUACCUGGAUAAAGUUUUGCAUUGACAAAAGAAAGAAGGUUCCAGCUCCGUCCAAUUCCUCGCGUGGCAGAACGGAGUCAAGAAUUCGUCAACGGCUUCACAAAGCAGAUCAUACAGUCAAUGAAGGCAGACCAAGAAAAAAUCCCCACAAGGCUCCAUCAAAUCCUGCCAUGGCUGCUCAAGCUGUGGAAGGCGCAGCAAUCACCGCGCUCCGGUCAGUGCUCCACCGUGUCCGGUUCGCUGCCGAGCAAGCUGGUCGCCGGCCGGAAGACGUGAGGGUAGUGGCUGUGGGCAAGACCAAACCGGUCUCUCUGAUUCGCGAAGUAUAUGAUUCCGGUCACCGAUAUUUUGGCGAGAAUUACGUCCAAGAAAUCAUCGAAAAGGCUCCUCAGCUUCCUGAAGACAUUAAGUGGCAUUUUAUCGGGCAUUUACAGAGCAACAAAGUGAAACCACUUCUUGCUGCUGUACCAAAUCUAGCUACAGUUGAGGGGGUAGAUAGUAUGAAGGUUGCAAAUCAUCUGGACCGGGAAGUUUCCAGGCUUGGGCGUCCACCUCUAAAGGUUUUUGUACAAGUAAACACUAGUGGGGAAAAUUCAAAAUCUGGUGUGGAGCCAUCUGAAUGUGUGGACCUUGCAAAGCAUGUCAAGUCCGAUUGCCCAAAUCUUCAGUUCUCUGGCUUGAUGACCAUAGGGAUGCCAGAUUACUCUUCAACUCCAGAAAACUUUCAGGCUCUAUUAAACUGUAGAACUGAGGUCUGCAAGGCACUUGGAGUGGCUGAGUCCUUGUGUGAGUUGUCCAUGGGAAUGUCUAAUGAUUUUGAACAAGCGCCCUAUCUCAUUUUUGUUUCCGGGAUACUAAUCUGCAUUCAAAUGACUAGUUUUUCGGUAAAUGCAUUUAGGCCACGACUGACUGCAGUAUUGUCUUGUCAUCAUGAAUGCAGAUUAAGAUGGGAAGCACUAACGUCAGAAUCGGAUCAACAAUAUUUGGACCAAGACUUAGCAAAGCUUUCUCUACGUCAUGAUUCUCCUUUAAAUUUCAUCUUCCAAACUGAUAAACACAAUUUCCUAAGCCGGAGUGUCGUUACAUUUCGUCCCCCAAAGAAACAAUCUUUCUGCUGCUCAGCCACUGGACAACAGAAGAAUAGGCAACCCAAAUCCAAGAAGCCCCAGUCUGAUGAAGAUGAUAAAGAGAAAGGUUUCGACCCAGUUGGGUUCCUUUCCAGACAUGGUAUCACCCACAAGGCAUUUGCUAUGUUCCUUCGUGAGAGGUACAAGUUGUUAAAAGACUUGAGGGAAGAAAUUUUUAAAAUCCACGACAAUCUAAAGGAGAUGGCUUCUGGGUAUGAACUAAUGGGAAUGCACCGGAACGUGCAGCAUCGGGUGGAUUUCUUGGAUUGGGCUCCAGGUGCUCGCUAUUGUGCUCUGGUUGGUGAUUUUAAUGGGUGGUCGCCAACGGAAAAUUGUGCCCGGGAGGGCUACCUUGGCCAUGAUGAUUUUGGGUAUUGGUUUAUUAUUCUUGAAGACAAACUACGGGAAGGGGAAGAGCCGGACCAGUUUUUUUUUCAGCAGUACAACUAUGUGGAUGAUUAUGAUAAAGGUGAUAGUGGUGUCACAGUGGAGGAAAUGUUCAAGAAAGCCAAUGAUGAAUAUUGGGAGCCUGGUGAAGACCGGUUCAUAAAAUCACGUUAUGAGAAUGUAGUCAGGCUUUACGAGCAGAUGUUUGGCCCUAAUGGCCCUCAAACUGAAGAGGAAUUGGAGGAUAUAGCUGAUCCAGAGACGAGGUACAAAGCUUGGAAAGAGCAGCAUAAAGACGAUCCGCCAAGCAACUUACCAUCUACUCAUGUAGUUGAUAAUGGGUUAGAGGCCUAUGAUAUUUUCAAUAUCGUAAGUGAUCCUGUAUGGUACGAAAAAGUUCUUGCUAAGAAACCUCCCAUUCCUUACUGGGAGGAGACUCGGAAAGGAAGGAAGGCAUGGUUGAAAAAGUAUAGGCCCUGUAUUCCUCAUGGAAGCAAAUACAGAGUGUAUUUCAACACUCCAGCAGGGCCUCUAGAACGUGUUCCUGCCUGGGCCAAUUAUGUGAUUCCAGAUGCAGAGGGAAAGCAAGCCUAUGCAGUUCAAUGGGAACCGCCUCCUGAAUUAGCUUAUAAGUGGAAGCACAAUCCUCCGCGCAAACCCAAGUCUUUACGCAUUUACGAGUGUCAUGUUGGAAUUAGUGGACAGGACCCAAGAGUUGCAUCUUUUGAUGAUUUUGUUGAGAAGGUCCUUCCGCACAUCAAAGAAGCGGGUUACAAUGCAAUCCAAUUGAUUGGAGUAGUCGAGCAUAAAGAUUAUUUUACUGUUGGAUAUAGAGUAACUAAUUUUUAUGCUGUCAGUAGCCGUUAUGGUACCCCAGAGGACUUCAAGCGCUUGGUUGAUGUAGCACAUGGUCUUGGACUGUUGGUCUUCUUAGACAUAGUCCAUUCUUAUGCAGCAGCCGAUGAAAUGGUUGGGUUAUCACUUUACGAUGGAUCAAAUGAUUGCUAUUUCCAUUCUGGUAAACGUGGAAACCAUAAAUUUUGGGGAACGAGAAUGUUCAACUAUGGAGAUCAGAAUGUGCUGCACUUCCUUCUUUCAAAUUUAAAUUGGUGGGUGGAGGAGUAUCACAUAGAUGGUUUCCAGUUUCAUUCUCUUCCAUCCAUGAUGUACACACACAAUGGUUUUGCUUCAUUUACGGGGAGCAUGGAUGAGUACUGCAACCAAUAUGUUGACAGGGAUGCUUUGUUAUAUCUCAUUCUAGCCAAUGACAUAUUGCAUGCUCUUCAUCCAAAUAUUAUCACAAUUGCUGAAGAUGCAACUUUUUAUCCUGGACUAUGUGAACCGACUUCUCAAGGUGGACUUGGGUUUGAUUAUUUUGUCAAUCUUUCUGCACCAGAGAUGUGGUUAUCUUUGGUAGAUAACUCCUCUGACCAUGAAUGGAGCAUGAGUAAGAUUGUAAGCACCUUGGUGGGGGAUGGACGUAAUGCAGACAAGAUGCUUUUGUAUGCUGAAAAUCACAACCAGUCCAUAGCAGGAGGGCAAUCCCUCGCAGAAAUUCUGUUUGGUAAAGCUAUAGAGUCAUUUACUUUCACCAAAGAGUCUGCGCUUAAAGGCUGUUCAUUGCACAAGAUGAUCAGGUUGAUUACGUUUUCAAUCGGUGGUCAAGCAUAUCUCAACUUCAUGGGAAAUGAGUUUGGGCACCCUAAGAGAAUUGAGUUCCCAAUGUCCAGUAAUAACUUUUCAUUUGCACUUGCUAAUCGUCAAUGGGACCUCUUAUCAAAGGAAGGAGUGCAUAAGCAGUUAUUUACUUUCGAUAAGGAUAUGAUGAACUUGGACCAAAUGGAAAGAAUUCUCUCAAGAGGUUUAGGUGGCUGUUCCAACAUUCAUCAUGUCAAUGACUCUACUAUGGUUAUCUCUUACCUCAGGGGUCCGUUCCUCUUUGUAUUCAAUUUCCAUCCAAAAAAUUCAUAUGCUAGUUACAAGGUUGGUGUAGAAGAAGCUGGAGAAUAUCAGAUCAUCCUCAAUACAGAUGAAGAGAAGUAUGGCGGCCAAGGAUCUAUUAAGCGUGAGCUUUACGUUCAGAGAACAAUAAGUGGAAGAACUGAUGGAAUGCGGACUUGCUUGGAAGUGCCUCUACCAAGUCGAACAGCUCAGGUCUACAAGUUGACUAGGAUAUUGAGAAUUUGA